AUGCAAAACUUCGUCAACCGUGGUAGAACAGGCAGUCCUUCCAAUGGCCUGUCUCAAGGCAAGCCCGACCGGCAAGCCAAUGCUGCAAGCGCGAGGAUAGCAAUGAAGGACGGACAUCCUGUUCAGCAAUCUCAAGCACCAUCCGGUGUCCCGGCGCGCAGAUUCACUAACGCGCAGAAUAGCUCAGCCGUCUUACAGCAACCUCUCCAACAUCGGCAGUCAGGUCCGGGUCCAAGUCAGAAGCGUGAUCCCUACGACACUGACGCAGAGAGCAUCGACACAACCGUAAAUCAAUCCGUUGUGCAGGUCGAAGACAGCCAACAGAAAGAGCCACAUCACCAGCAGCGAGGUCAUGUUGUGGGUUUUGAUGAGAGCUCAGAAGUGGAAGAUGGCGACGAAGAAGACGAAUACGAAUACGAAGAAGAAGAAGAGCCAGAACAUCCAUAUUGGACUGACAACUACAAACUGACGCACUACGAUGAAGAGCUUCUUCGUGCAAAUGGGCUUGCAACCUGUUCCUAUGAUGUGCAACUCUCUUUCCUGCAAGAUGCGGCGCGCAGUGGAUUCCAAACCGUCGAAGGCGACUCAUAUCCUAGCACCACGAAUGGUGAAAUCUCCGAGUGGGGAGGUGGACAGGAAGCACCUUCCAACUUUCAUGACGAUGGUAGACCCAUGUCUCCGUCGCCCCAACGCCAAAAUAUCAACAACCAAGCUGCACGUAUGGCGGCCUCGCAGCCCCCGCAACAACAGCAAAGUCAGAAUAUCUCGCUUCCCAGCCAAACCAUGCAGAAGCCGUCGCAGUUGUACCAACACGGUGCACAGAUUCGCGAGCAGUUGCGCGCUACCGCGCCCAUUUUGCACCAUGGAGGCCAAAACGUCCAGCAACAUGCCGCCCCGCCCGCCCGCCAGCACCAAACUCAUAAUCGGAACAAACCUCAUCCCACUGCUAUUAUACCGGUGCACUCGAACCCCCACCCUAGUACUUAUGCCCAGCCCAGCAGAUCUCAGCAAAACCCUAUCCAACAGGCCUCAGGUCCUCGAACGCAGCUUCCGUCCAAUAAGAACACCAUCCCGAUCGGACCGCCUGCGCCUCUCAAGCGCCCGUCCCCAGCCCCUGUCAUUCGAGAGCCCGUCGUACAGGAGCAACCAAUCGAGCAAACCCCGUUCGAAGGGCCUGAGGCUGUUCCACAUGAAGACUACGAUCAGAAGACGCUGUUAAAGAUGAAGUACGAAGAACUCAAGAGCGAACCCUUCGAUGCCGAUCCUCGUGCGCCACCGCCCGUGAUUGCCGAAGAAGACCUUCAGAAACCUUUAGUUGAGCGUCUGCCGUUGGUACAGAAGAACCUGGAUGUGGGUCAACAAUCCGAGUUCUUCCGCUCCCUACCUACCACCGAGUGGGAGGAUGCUGGCGACUGGUUCCUCGAUCAAUUCCAGAAUAUCAUCCAACGCACAAAGCAGGCAAGGCAAAAGAAGCGUAAACUGGCGCAGGACUUCGAGGCGGAAGUUGAGAAGCGCUACGAGCAUGUUUCGAAGAGACAGAACCAAGUUCAGCACGCGAUGGAUAGGAUGAAGGAGCAGGGUGAGGGUCUAGUGCCUAGGAGUCCGAAGCCUUCCAAGAGCCCCAGGCCAAAGAGAGGCUGA